AUGCGGGACGCGAGUCAGGAGGCGGAGCAGGCUUUGAUGUGUCCGCCUUUGAUGUGGGGCCGGGCUAGUCGUGAAGUGGACUUGAAGGGCGAUGACGCGGGCUUAAUGAACAUGGGCUUUGAGUUGUGCGGGAGUGGGCCGCGAGGCAGGGGGUCGGCGAUUUCAGGCUUUUUGUUUCGCAAUUUCCGGGCAACCUGCUACCCGCCUAAGCUGGAAAAAGUAAUCAGGAAAAUCUUCCGCUUACUGAAGCGUUGCCAGGGUGGCAUCAACUUGCAACAUCUUGCCUCGGGAAGUACGCCUCCUCCCUUCUGA